CGCUGUCGUGGGUGGUAUUUCGCAAUUGCGCAAGACCGUCAAUCCAUAAGACCUAUUGAAAGCUGAUCUCGUUUUUAGACUGACCAUCGCACAACGCUGCCGUCUUGGAAAUUGCGCAGGGAUCGCGGCUAACAUCUCCGCGGUCAUAAUCGCACCCAUCGCGAAGUCCCACCGUCCUGAAGUCAGCUGAUGUAUCGCGCGAUUAUACUUUCGAGAGUUUCGAGUGGCGCGCCGUAUCGAACCCAUCUCAGACAUGUUAUAACAUUACUGCAUUCAACUACAUUGCUAUUUGCAGCUUAUAUCAAAUACGAUAGGCACAGCGAGAUAUAUAUCAUAUAUAUAUUUUGCAAUUCGUGAACCGCGCAAAAUGCGCAUGUGUGCAAUACGUGAUACGCGACAGCUAUGAAAUGAAAGGUCGAUAUACAUCUACACCACUACACCAGUAUACCGUGAUAUGUUGCUACAGGCGCAGACGCUACAGCUUGCCUCAUCUGCACUUCAAAAUUACAUAAAGUACAGGAAGCACAACCAAAACAAACAGAUCGCAUAGCUUGUGUACUGUAUAAGUUAUAACUAAGAGCAAGUGACAAAGUUAGUAAUAGAAGGCACUUGAAUAUUCACUAAUAUUGGAAUCUUAAAAAAUCUCGCAGCUUAAACCGCGAUACGAUUAGUAUCUACAUUAAAAUCGGAAAUCAAUAUAGAAAGGAAGAAGAAAACUUCGUAGCUCCGCAGUUACGAUUUCUUUACGAAAACAUCGGCCCCUUUCUGGUUUCCUCUUGCAGUAAUGGAUUCGAAAACUUGGAUAUGGAGAUACUUAGUGGGCGUUCUGGGCCGAUAUAACGAUGUGGUUUAUAGGCAGCCAAAAUUUUCAACGCGCGAUUUUCUUAUAUUUUUUGGUGGUGAUGUUCAAGACAUUGAAGAAAGAAUGGAGAGGCAUUCAAAUAGCAAGAAAUAUAUGAAAUGGAGUUUAGAAAAUACAGUGGCUAUACUUUCUGAACAGUUCCCUAGACAUCAUAUAUUUGCUGUUCGUCCAUUCAAAGUGGCAAUAACUAAAAAUGCAGUAUUCAAUUGCUUCGACAAUUUUGUAUUAGGAAAUGAAUACGGCACUCCAACAUUUUCUCCAAUGCAUUAUGCUUUAAAGAAUUUAAGAGAGCUCCUUGUGUGUUGCUUGGAAUAUCUUAAAGAAUUAAAACUGGAAAAAGAUAUUGAUACAAUUGAAAGUACAAAUUUGAGUCUAAUGGGCUUCAGUAAGGGAUGUGCGGUUUUAAAUCAAUUUCUUCACGAGUUUCAUUAUUAUGAUGAGAACCCGAAUGAGGAUCCUCACAUGAAUAAUUUUAUUAAACUCAUUAAAGAUAUGUGGUGGCUAGAUGGUGGACACAAUGGUCCCAAAGAUACAUGGAUUACUGAUCAGACUGUACUUCAUUCCUUUGCUAAAUUAGGAAUACAUGCUCAUAUACACGUUACGCCAUAUCAAGUGCAAGACCAGUAUCGGCCUCAUAUUCAGAUGGAAGAAAACAGCUUCACUGUUACCUUACAAAAGAUGGGAGUACCUGUAGAACGAACUUUACAUUUUGCUGACCAAGCACGAUGUCUCUCAUCACAUUUCAAUGUUCUUACAGUCAUUAGAAAUGACGUACAAUAAAACUAUUCUACAUCUUUAAAUUCAUACUAUAUAAGUGUAUUGAGUGUUUGUUUUGUUGAAUCGUAAAAUUGACAACAAUAAAUUACAACUUGACUUCAGAAUCAAAAUUAAAUGUAAAACUAUAUGAAAAUUAUAAUCUUGUCGACUGUGAUUUCUGUAUUGCAAAGUAUUUCACAAUUUAUAGGAAAAGUUUAAUAGACUCUAUUUUAUAGAAUAUUUUCACAAUGUAUAUAUACUAUUAUAAAUAUGAUUAUAAUAGAUAUGAAGGUACAAUGUUAUAUAUUACUGUUCAUAUAUAAUAAUAUAUAAUAAUAUAGUAAAUCUAGUCAUAACAAAAAAUUGUUAAAUGUAAACUAGUAAUGUUUACAUAUAGUAUUAUUAUGCACAUUUUUUGACGAUAUUGUUUUGUUACCAUGUGAUAUAUAUAAUAUCUUUAUAAAUAAUUACUAGUAAUACUAAUAAAAACUAUGUUUAUUUUAUUUAACAAUCUGAAGAAAUAUAAUAAAGUUGUGAUUCCUAUUUUUUUUCUAUACAAAUCUCGUUUCGUAUAUUUUUUCUCCUAUUUUUAUAAUUACCAGCAACAUCAAUCUUCAUAAUUAUAAAACAGAAAGUACGCGCACAAAAAACUAUACACAUACACACACAAUAUAUAUAUGUAUGUAUGUAUAUGAAAGAGAGGGAGCUUAAUACAAUUAGGAACAAAUAAUAUAGCUGUAAAUAUACUAUCUUUGGAUAUACAUUACGUUAUUCCUUGAGGUAUUUUUCAUAAAUAUAUGUAUUACACUAGUUAAUAAAAAAAACUUAUGUUAUCUACUU